AUAUUGACCAAAAUUAUUUACUACAAAAGGAAAUUUGUUUUUUUGUUAGAAAGGAAGUUGUAAUUAGCAUAAAUAAAAAAAUUCAAAAAAAAAUGUUUAGGCCAAAAAGGGGGUGGGCUUGCAUUGCAUCGCGAGAGGGCUGAAGAAGGCAGCAAAAAUAAUUGGAACUUCCCGCCUUGACCACAAGGUGCAGCGAAAUCAGUGAAAAAGCAACACUGUUUUCGAUUUCCAAAUCCCAAUCGGGAGAGAAAUGGUGCGUGCUUCCUCUUCAAAGAAGCCGCCGAUUGCAGAGACCGCUGAAGCCACAGAGCGGAAAAGACUGAAGAAAUUAGCUUUGAAAAACAACUUAGUUUCCGACACAGCGGCCACUCCCAAGUCUUUUGUUCCUCUCAGCCCAUCGAAGCUAGUAAUGAAGCACCAUGGCAAAGAUAUUCUCAGGAAAUCUCAAAGGAAAAACCGUUUCCUUUUCUCCUUUCCCGGACUCCUUGCUCCCAUUUCUGGUGGCAAGAUCGGCGAGCUCAAGAAUUUGGGCUCCAAAAACCCUAUCCUCUACCUUGAUUUCCCUCAGGGUCAAAUGAAGUUGUUUGGGACAAUUGUGUAUCCGAAGAACAGGUAUUUGACUUUGCUGUUCUCUCGUGGGGGAAAGAACGUUAUGUGUGAGGAUUAUUUUGACAACAUGAUUGUAUUCUCUGAUGCAUGGUGGAUUGGAAAAAAAGAUGAGAACCCAGAAGAAGCCCGACUUGAUUUUCCAAAGGAACUAUGUCAGGGACAGCAGAUGGAAUAUGACUUUAAAGGUGGUGCAGGGGUGGAAUCUGUUAGCAAGCAAGAGACUCCUAGAACAGAAAUAAAACAGUUUGAAAUAGAGUCCCUUGAUAAUGACUCUGGAGAUGCUUUAUCAGAUGAUGACAAUGACUUGACAACUAAGAUGGAAGUGACGCCAACUAGGCACUCUACAAGAAAUGCUGGAAAAAGAUUCAAAUUUGUUGAGGCUUCUUCUGAGGAUGACCCUAUCAGAAGUGAUGCCGAACCAUCAGAUGGAGAAGAGAAGAAAGUUGGCAAGAAACUUGAUUUAACUGAAAAUGAUACCAUUGGAAAGACUAUUAGUUCUGCUCCUCUGGUCCUUAGGUCUGAUUCUGCAGAAGAUAGUCAGAUCUCCGAACAAAUUCAAACUUCUCUAACCUCAGCGUCCAAGUCUAGAAAAAUAUCUAAGUCAACUGUUACAGUGACUAAAUCAAAGGAAAACUCAAAGGCAAAUCGUGGUUCACUUGUCCAACCUACCAUAUCUACAUUAUUUAAAAAAGUGGAAGAAAAGGUAUGGCAAAUGAUGAUUAUUUGCAUGUUCUUGUGGUUUCUAGAACUUAUUUGCAGUGCCGGUUUAUCUCUUUGUGACAUAUGCAUGCAGCUGAAGUUUUUGGCAUAUAAUGGCCUUCAGCUCUUUCCCUUUUCUGUUAAAAUUUGUAAUGGAUACUUCUUUGAAACUGUAGGGACAGGAACCAAAAGAAAGAAGAAAGAAUCUGAGGAUGAAGAGGAGGACGUCGAAGAAAUCUCAAGCACAUCAGAGGAUGCUAAUGGAAGUGAUGAAGAUUGGACUGCUUGAGAUUAUAAUGCCACUAUUGUAAAUAUAGGAAUGCCAAAGCAAAUUCAAGCCUAUACUUAGUGAAAGUGAUGAAGACUGAACAAUGAGAAAGAGAUUGUGACACAACCAUGAUGGUGGGUUUCUAAAGGGUCUCAAAACUUUUCAAUUGAUGUUGUAGAAUUAGUCAUAAUUUUUUUUUUUGAAUGGCAGAAUUAGUCAUAAUCGGCAUAACCAUGAUGGUUAUGUUACUACUUGUGUUAAAAUUUCAAAGAUCACAUGCACCGCAUUUCUCCUCAAUUAGAAUAGUUCUUCAGUUGGUUGCUUAUCAGAAGAAAAGGGAAGCUUUCUUUGGUUAUUGGAUUCUCUAAAUGGUAAAAUGGUUGUUAUGAUUCAAGACAAAAAUAAAGAUCAAUCCUUUUUUUUUUU